CACAUUAACACAUCAUACACUCACCAUUGUGUUGAGACACACUCUCUUUCUUUCUUGUUAUUCUCUUUCUCUUUCAUCAUUUGGCUUAAAACACACACACAAAAGGUGGCCAAAAUGAGCAGUGUCUGUGCCAAGCAGCACAAGUUUUACCCCUCUCACCAACUCCUUUCUCCAAAGAAAACCCUCAGAGAAAUUGACAUCCCUCCAAGGAAGCUCCUCACUCGCCGUGCCGCCGCAUGCGUCGGCGGCACCGACGUGUACUCCUCCGAGGAGACCAUGCUGCAAAAGUUCCUCCCUUCCAACGAUUCUGACGAGGACGACCCUUACUCCUCAGACCACUUCCGGAUGUUCGAGUUCAAGGUCCGCCGGUGCACCCGAAGCCGGAGCCACGACUGGACCGACUGCCCCUUCGCCCAUCCGGGUGAAAAGGCACGCCGCCGUGACCCACGGCGGUAUCACUACUCAGGAACAGUCUGUCCUGAGUAUCGUCGCGGAGGGUGCAGCCGUGGCGAUGCAUGCGAAUACGCCCAUGGCGUGUUCGAAUGCUGGCUGCACCCUUCCAGGUACAGAACGGAGGCCUGUAAGGAUGGCAGGAACUGCAAGAGAAAGGUGUGUUUUUUCGCACACACCCCUCGCCAGCUGAGAAUUUUGCCGGUAACAACAUCUUCACCCUCUUCAAAUGACAUGCCAUGCAAGAAGAACCUUAACAAACUCUUAAACCAUGCUUCAAAAUCAAACAACAACAACAACAACAACUGUUGUUUGUUUUGCCAUUGUGGUGCUUCCUCUUCAGUUUCUCCAACCUCCACACUCUUCGGCAUGUCGCAUUUCUCGCCACCAGUAUCACCAUCCUCGUCCUCUUCACCACCUCCUUCUCCAUUGAAACCCCGAAGCGUGGUUUCUCCUAUUUCUCCAAUUUCCCGUUACAGUGCUGUGAAUAUGAACCCUCAUCACGGGGUGGUGAGUUACAAAGACAUGUUCGCUGAGUUGGUGAAUUCUUUGGAGGGUUUGAGUUUCAACGAGGGUUCUCCUGUUUCUGGUGCUAAAGCACCGAACUUUCCUUGGCUUGAUGUUUCUCUUGAGGAACAGCAACAACAACAAAAUCCUUUCAUUGUUUCUUCUUUUGGCUGCGAAGAUAAACAGAACCAGUUUAUUUUUUCACCACCGUCCAUUCAGACACCGACAAAUGGGAAGUUCUGUCGCAACAGAUUCAUGGGCAACGACAACAAGGUUGUCGGUGGUGCUGACGUUAAUGGCCCAGAUCUCGCGUGGGUGAACGAGUUGCUGAUGUAAUAGGUGAAAGAUGGUGACGACGAAAAUUAAUGGUAGUGAUCGAUGACUCAUAUCAGUGAAUGAAAGUGUAAAUACAGCAGAGAAACAUUAAAAAAAAAAAAAACGUCUCUGGCGUAUCUAUUGUCAUUGUUAAUUACUAUUGCUUAAUUAAGGUUUCAUUGCUUUCUGAAUUUGUUGUUAAGUUUGAGACAAUUUAUGUAAUUUGGAUUUCAUCUUGUUUUUAAUGUAUAAGGGAAUAUUUUGACUCA